CAAAUAAUCUAUUCUUUGUUUUCACUUUGAAAUUAUUGUUAAAGGAAUAAUGUCGUCGGUCGUUCCACGCGACGAAGGGACAAAUCGGACGCUGAUGUUUUUUUUAUCUUUUACCUUUAAGUUUUAGUGUUUGUUCUUAUUGUCAUAUUAUGGUGAGCAUCACAAAGUUCAGCAGUUUCAUUACAUUUCAUGGCCGGACUAUGGCGUGCUUCGUCAUCCAACACAACUAUUGACAUUCAGGAAGCAUUUCAAAUCUUAUCACAAGACAAAAGCCGGUUUUGCCGUCAUCCAUUGUAGCGCUGGUGUUGGUCGUACUGGAGUAUUUAUGGCCAUAGAUAAAAUCCUCGAUGAUCUUGACGAUGAUUAUGAGACAAAUAUUGAUGUAUUUGGCUUUGUGAAAGAGAUGAGAUCGCGGCGAAUAAACAUGGUGCAGACAGCGGAUCAGUACAUGUUUAUUUAUGACGCCAUUAUGGCUCAUAUCCAAUGUAGAGUGAAUGGAAUUGAGGCUAUGCAAAUCAAGGCCGAGAUUGAACAUCUAUCAAAAAAGCUUGGGAAUGGAAGAACUGGAUUUGAAGAAAUAUUUGAGCGUUUACAAUCGGUCACAACAGAACUACCUGAAGAAGUUUGUGAAGCUGCACUUUUGAAUGACAAUAAGAAAAAAAAUCGCAAUCCUAAAAUAUAUCCAAGUGAAUCUAAUCGUCCACCCCUUAGCCACCUGGAUCAAAUCGAGAAUUCCGACUACAUUAACGCGUGUUUUGUUGACGGUUACCUUGGCAAGAAUUAUUUUAUUGCCACCCAGACACCUUUAAAAGAAACCAUUAACGACUUUUGGAGGAUGGUUUGUCAAUAUAAGUCUUGCACCAUCGUUAUGCUGAAUCAACUCAACGAAAACAACCAGCAAUAUCCAAUGUUUUGGCCUACGCAACGAGCCAGAGCUCAAUCGUUUGGUAAAAGUACCGUCCUUUUGGAUUCAGUUGUAACAAAAGAUGACAUUACCGUGAGAAAGUUUAUUGUUUCGCCUACGAUGGACAUUAAAAAUGGUCGUAUGGUCCGCAUGAUUCACUACGUAUCGUGGCCGGCUCAUGACGUUCCUAAAGAUGUUCACAGUAUGGUGGAAAUUUUAUCUGAAGUUGAAGAUUCACAAAGAGCUGCUGAUGUAAAGGGACUUGUUAUUGUUGUGUGCAGUGAUGGAGCAGGUCGAUCUGGAACCUAUAUUGCUAUCUCAAAUCUUGUCGACCGAGUCAAAAUUGUCCAAGCGAUGGAUGCGUUCCAAUGUAUCAAGCUGAUCCGGAAUAGACGCCCGCAGUUCGUCGAAACGGCGGAUCAUUUCAAACUCUGCUACCAUGCAGUGAACUGCGUAUUGGAGUUGUUCGACGACUACUCAAAUUUCUCGGAAAUAGGUGGAAGUUGAAUUUUUAUACUGUACAAAUUUCUGGAAAAUUAUUUUUAGAUGGUUGCUGGAAUGUUACAUGUUCUGCAAUUUUGUCUUCCAUGAAAGAAUAGAAUUCAACAUAAAAAACAUUCAAAUAUUUACUUUAGUUUUAACGAGGAGAGCCAGGUUAAGUAUCGUUAUAUGUUUGUAGAUGUAGAUCGUCCAGCCUGGUAAAAUCCUGAAAAAGACUGUUGGUGUUAAUGAUGACUUACGUUUCGCAACGUUGACUGUAAAGAUGACUACCGCUAAGGUUAUCGAAACGUAAGUUAAAUUCAACACCAGCAGUCCUUCUCAGGACUCUACUAAACUGGACAAUUUACAUGUGUAAACAUGUAGAGUCCAGGUUGUUAGGAACCUGAUGAGAAUGAAUAUUUCUGAGUAGGAUUUAAAAAUAAUAUGGAACAUAACAUAAAAUUAUUAGGUUUAGCAGUGACGUAGCAAGUUUGGUCGUGUCUUAAUACAUAAUUUUUUUUGUGUUCACUUACUGUAAAAACAAUAGAUUUCUAAAGAAAUGAACAAUGAUAAUGAUUUAAAAUUUACAUAGCACGACCAAAUUUGAGGGCUGACUACGAAUUUUGUCAAUAUUUUAAAUAGUACAACAUCAGUAAUAUUUGUAUUUGAAUUUAUUAAAUUGAGUACUAAGAACAAAAGUAAUAAACAAAUUUCCUCCUCUGAA